CUCUUUUUUUCUUUUUAUUCUAUGCUCAUACAAAAUGUGGUUAAGUGAUGGACAAAAAAUUGGAGUUGGUUUGACUGCGUUUGGACUUUUUUUUAUGCUCAUGGGUGUGAUGAUGUUCUUUGACUCGGGCUUAUUAGCUAUUGGCAAUAUACUCUUUUUAUCUGGAAUAGCAGCAAUCAUUGGACCUAGAAGUACGGUGACGUUUUUUACAAGGAGAGAAAAACUACGUGGCACAAUAUGUUUCCUAGGCGGUAUUUUCCUAGUAUUAAGCAAAUACCCUUUUCUUGGAUUUUUGGUAGAAGUAUUUGGAUUUUUGAAUCUUUUUGGUGACUUCUUCCCUGUUGUAUUUGGCUUCUUAAAACGAUUACCUGUGAUUGGUCCCAUUCUUUGUCAACCAAUGAUUUCUAGAUUUCUACCACGCGAAAGUCGUACAAGAGCAUAGAUAGAUAGAUUUAUUUUAUUUUAUUUUUUUACCUUUUUCCUUCAUUCUUCUCAUUUUAUUGAUGUACAGUAUAGUUUUAGUUAUGGUAGCUAGUCAUGGUAGUCAGUCAAUAGUACCUUUUUUUUUUGCCUCUUUUUGACUCCUUUUUUUUUUUAUUUAUUUAUUGGAUUCUCCCAUCUUUUUU